UACUGAGCUUGUGUUACUCAAACUCGAUCGGUUCCUGUCAGUGCAACACGUGGAGAGGAUCCUUAUCUUCCAAAGACCGCGUGUGUGGGUGUUUCGGACGUGCACUACGAUAAAUAUUCGCGAGAGGAUUCGAGGUUAAGGCGCGCGACGCAAUGUCGAAGUUCGUGGUCAACAAUGUGGCCGGUGAGUCAGGCCGCAAGCUACCACAAUUCAUCGCAGGUUUGGCCGCAUCGGGUGGUGCGCUGGCGGCGGGUACCUUCCUGGGUUGGACCGCACCCACAGACAAACCCCUGACCGUACAGCACGAGUAUGGGUUCCCGAUAUCGAACGAGGAGUUCUCGUGGGUUGGUUCCAUCUCCAACCUCGGUGCCGCUUUGAUGUGCUUCCCGAUCGGGUACAUGAUGAAGAUGAUCGGUCGUAAGUGGUCAAUGUUGGCCAUGGUGCUGCCGUUAGUUUUAGGUUGGUUGCUGAUCAUCUUCGCCGAGAACGUGGGCAUGAUGAUGGUCGGACGUUUCUUCCUCGGUGUUGGUGGUGGAGCGUUUUGUGUGGCCGCUCCGACGUAUACGGCCGAAAUCGCGCAACCAUCCAUCCGUGGCACGCUCGGGACGUUCUUCCAGCUUAUGGUAACUGUAGGCAUUCUGUUCGUAUACGCCGUGGGCGCUGGAGUUGACGUGCAGAUGCUGAGCAUCAUUUGCGGUAUCAUUCCACUAGUCUUCGGAGCCAUCUUUUUCUUCAUGCCUGAAAGCCCGUAUUAUUUCGUUGAGAAAGGGCGAUAUAGCGAAGCAUCCAGCUCGCUGAAAUGGCUCCGAGGCGCCCAGUAUGAUGAGAACGCAGAGAUUGAGGAUUUGAAGCAAGCGGACGCGAAAGUAAAGGCUGAAGCGAUUCCAAUGCUGGAAGCAUUCCGCCAGAAGGCGACAAUCCGUGCGCUGAUUAUCUCGCUCGGGCUAAUGUUCUUCCAGCAACUUUCCGGCAUUAACGCGGUCAUCUUCUACAAUACGGAUAUCUUUGCUAGCGCGAAUGGUGGUGAGGAGAUGAGCUCGGCGUCGAUCAUCGUCGGUGGUAUUCAGGUCGUAGCAACGCUCGUCGCCUCCGCUGUGGUCGACAAGGUUGGCCGCCGGAUUCUACUGCUGAUUUCCGAUUUUAUGAUGGCCGUAUCGACGAUUAUGCUGGCCGUAUACUUCCAGCUAAAACAGGACGACCCGUCGAAGGUGGACGACCUCAGCUGGCUGGCGGUGUUGGCCGUCUGUCUGUUCAUUGCCAUGUUCUCCAUCGGCUACGGACCCGUGCCGUGGCUAAUGGUCGGCGAGCUAUUCGCGAACAACGUGAAAGCGUUCGCUAGCCCAAUUGCGGGCGUGUUCAAUUGGCUGCUCGCCUUUUUGGUAACGAAAAUCUUCACCAAUUUGAAGGACGGCAUGGGCGAGGCGGGCGUGUUCUGGCUCUUCUCUGGCAUCUCGCUGCUUGGUACCGUGUUUGUGUUUCUGGUUGUGCCAGAGACGAAGGGCAAGUCGCUGAACGAUAUCCAGCGAUUGCUUUCGGGUGAGAAGGAGAGCACCGCCGAUCAGGGCAACGAUGAGGCUAGAAGUGACGGAAGGGAUCCGCAGGUGGCAUAGGCUGCAUUUACGAGCAGUCGUGCAUAGAAUGUUGUAUGUUGUUUAUAUUAUGCUAAGAUUUUAGCCUUCUAUUAGACACAUUUCGUGUAGUACCGACAAGUGGCGUCCUAGAUGUGUUAAGGUCACAAGCUACAGGACACUUUACAUAAAAGGUUGCGGGCUUGCAUGAUCCGGUACAUGAAAUAGUACCGUAACCAGCUUGAAAAGAAAAUCAUCGUACUGAAGGAAUCGGUAACGACUGAUCGAAGAAGAACUCAUAUUUGUAGCUUCUUUUUGUGUUUUAAAAUCAACGGACAGGCUUUGUUUUAAUGUGUAGCUUCGAACGAUCUAGAAAAAUAAAAAUAUAAUUAAUAAUUGUAAUA